GUAGUGUAGCUCGAGAGAGUCUCUCGGGAGGCUGGGUUAGCCACAAGUUGUGGUGAACCAGGGUAAAAUUAUAUUCGGUGUGCCUUAUUACUCUUCUCUUUACUUCUCUUUUAAUUUUUUAAUUCCUGCGAUUUCUCCGAUAAAACGCUAUUCACCCCCCCUCUAGCGUUGGUCUAUUAUUCUAACAAUUGGUAUCAGAGCCUAACUCGCGUCCAAACUUAACCGUUUGAGAGUAAAGCGAUCAUGGGUUCUUCUUCUAGAAAUCUUUAUGCAGGAACUCGAGAACGUCAAUCAACCUCUAGGCCACCGCUUUUUGAUGGCACCAACUACACAUACUGGAAAGAACGGAUGAGAAUUUAUAUCCGCUCAACCAACUUUCAGUUGUGGUUGGUCAUCAAGAAUUGCGAGGAAAUUCCAACAAAGAAGGUCGGUGAAAAACUCGUCCCAAAGACCGAGGACGAAUUUGAUGCCGAGGACAUCAAAAAGGUGGAGAACUACGCCAAGGCAAUCAACAUGCUGUACUGUGCCGUCAAUCCUGAUGAUUAUCGCAAGAUCUCUUGCUGCACCACUGCAAAAGAAAUGUGGGACAAGCUGGAGGUCACAUAUGAAGGUACGGACCAAGUUCGGGAAGCCAAAAUUGACUUCCUAACGCAGGAGUACGAGAUGUUCAGGAUGAAGGAAGGCGAAAAGAUCGAUGACAUGUUCGAUCGGUUCUCAAAAAUCAUCAACGACCUUCAUGCUCUCAAGAAGACGUACGCCAACAAGGAUCUCGUGAGGAAAAUCUUGCGAAGUCUCACACCCGAAUGGAGAUCAAAGGCAGAUGCAAUCUACGAAUCCAUUGGAGUCUCAAAUGUCACCAUCGACGGGUUAAGAGGUAACCUCAAAACUUAUGAAUCUACUAUUCUAACCCCGUCUUUGGAUGAACAAAAGAAGAAGGGAAUAGCACUGAAAGCAACCAAGGAAAACGUGGAAGAUGACUCAAGCGAUGAUGACAACGAGUUCGGACUCGUCAUCAAGAAAUUCCACAAAUUUAUGAAGAAGGAAUUUGAGCGCAAAGGAAGAAAGCACGACGGUCCCCCGAAGUGCUAUGGCUGUGGCGAGAUAGGCCACAUCAAGCCGAGGUGUCCAAAAGGCAAAAGCGGCAAGGACAAACCUGGCUUCAAAAAGCAACGUGCUUAUAUCUCAUGGGGUGGCGACUCUGGUGACGAGUCAACCGAUCAAGAAGAGGAAGAAGCCGCCAACCUCUGUCUCAUGGCGCACGAAGACCAAACCGACGACGUUUAAGAGGUAUGUACCAUUUCUUUCGACUCUUACACUUUUGAAGAGAUGCAAGAAGCUCUUUGAGAACUUUAUGAUGAAUUUGUUAGCGCUUCUAAAACCAACAAAUCAUUAAAGAAACGUCUUUCAACCCU